AUGGUAAAGAUAUUUGUUGGAAACCUAAAUCCUGAAUCGAAACCUUCUGACCUCCGCAAGAAAUUUGAGGCUUUUGGGAAGGUUACGGAAUGUGAUGUAGUGAACAAUUACGGUUUUGUGCAUAUGGAAAAAGAGUCUGAAGCUGAAGCCGCAAUUGAAGGUCUCCAAAAUGCGAUAUUAGAUGGAGUAAAAAUUAAUGUCGAACGCAGUCACGGAAAACGAGGUAACGGUCCCGGACCUGCAAGACGUCGAAAUGAGGGGCGAUAUCGCGAUUAUCCACCUGAGAGGGGCCCGCGCGGGCCUCCGCGUUACAUGAACUCUCUCCCACCCCCUCCGCGAAUGGGACGCUAUGGUCCGGCUUGGGAUGACGGAUAUGGUGGGCCCUAUGGGCCUCCGCCACGCAGCAGCUCCAGAGGUUACGAUUACCCUGCAAAUGGUGCAAACGGAAGGUAUCCACCAAUCGACCGUGGUGAACCUCACAGACCAUUACCGCGUGGUCCGGCCCGUGAACCUCUACCCAUGCCACCUAGUGCGGGGUAUCGUGGACCUCCAGUACCCGAGCCCAUCCCACCCCGAGAUUAUCCUACAAAGCCCCCACCGAUGAGGCAAAGUUACGAUGUGUAUGGUGAAUAUGACCGCUAUCGGGAGCCUAUAACGCCAUCUGGUCCUCCACGUAAUAACGAUUAUUAUGAUACAUACGGAAGUUACAGCAGUGGGAACUACGAGGAUUACAGAGACGAUAGAGCAUUAUCAAACUACGACUCGGCAUACGACUAUAGUUACUAUGAUUAUGGGAUGGACAGCAGAUCGCCCGCCCCACCAAGAUCAGGGUACAGUUAUGGUCGCCCUUAACCAAAUUUUAGUGAUGGAUGCAUUUAUUUGUGCUUGGAUCCCCUUAUCUGCCCAAAACACCCUAGUAUUUGCAAAUAUACCAGUAUUUGAAGAGUGGGCUAUCAACAUACGUAGACCUAUUGUGUUAAAGUUAUGUGUGCAGUCUUGUACGAAGCACUUAUCAGUACAGACACUUUAUACCGAAUAUGAAAACUGUUAUUAUUUAUCACGAGUAAAGUGGAUUUGCUUUUAAUGGGUCUCGAAAUAAAGAAAAUACUUGUUUACAGAAUAGACCUGACAUAGUUCGUUGACUAGUCAUCACAAAGACGAUUUACCAUGCUUACAGACUACUCAUUAGUAGCGUCAACUAAUCUUCAGAAGAAUGUAUACCUUCAGGGUGAUUUUUUCGUCAAAUGAACAUUCUAAACAUGUUCAACUAUAGAUUGGAUUAUUUAACUACUUGUAAAUACAUGACCUGCAUUACUAUCGACUUCCCAAUGCGCUAAGCGUUAGUGUUUCUUUCUCCAGCGAUAGGAACAGGUUACAACUGUUGGCUAUAUACAUAGUUACGUGCCUUGACUGUAGCCCUGCUAAAAUUGUGAGACAGUAUAAGGAAGAAAUAUAUCUACAGACAAAUCAC